AUGACUGAGUCCUCAGAAGAAGACUCAUCACCUUUGAUUGGAGUAAUAAAUGAAGGCACUAAUACUGCAAGUUUUGUGCUGAUUAGUUCAAAAACGUGGGAGGAGAUUAUGUACCAUACAGAAAGAAUUAAACAGAUAUGCCCUCAUGAGGGUUGGCAGGAGCAGGAUCCAAUGGAGAUUAUUGAUCUUGUUAGAAAAUGCAUCAGUGAAACUCUUCUCAAAAUGGAAGAACAGGGUAUUGACAUAAGUAGAAUAGUGACCCUUGGUAUAACAAAUCAAAGGGAGACAUCCAUUCUGUGGGAUUCAACAACUGGCCAGCCACUUUACAAUGCAAUUGUUUGGUCUGACAUACGGGCGGCAUCAUUAAUAGACAAUGUUUUGGCAAAAGUUCCUCACAACAACAAAAAUGCAUUGAAACCUAUUUGUGGCCUUCCCAUUAGUACAUUAUUUAGUGCCCUGAAAAUAAGGUGGAUGAUAGAAAAUGUGCCUGAAAUUCGAAAGGCAAUUAGGGAACAAAAGUGCAUGUUUGGCACUGUUGAUACCUGGAUAGUAUGGAAUUUGACGGGUGGUGUCAAAGGAGGUUUACAUAUAACAGAUGUUACAAAUGCAUCCAGGACAAUGCUUAUGAAUAUAGAAAGUCUUCAGUGGGAUUCAGUACUCUGUAGGUAUAUGCAAGUACCUAAGGAAAUUCUUCCUACUAUUCAUAGUUCAUCUGAAAUAUAUGGUUAUGUAGCAGAGGGACAAUUGAAGAAUAUUCCAAUAUCAGGGAUUUUAGGUAACCAGCAAUCAGCGUUGAUUGGAGAAAUGUGUCUAAAUGAGGGAGAGGCAAAGAGUACUUACAGAGCUGGUUGUUUUGUGGUCUACAAUACUGGCACAACACGGAUAGACUCAACUCAUGGUUUAGUAACAACAGUUGCUUACCAACUGGGCAAGUCAGCAUCACCAAAUUACGCUCUUGAAGGUUCUGUGGCAGUUGCUGGGUCAUCCAUAAUGUGGUUAAAAGAAAAUAUGAAUCUAAUUGAUAGUGUCCCAGAAUCAGAAAAUGUGGCUGAUGAGGUCAAGACAACUGGUGAUGUUUACUUUGUUCCAGCCUUUACUGGACUUUAUGCUCCCUACUGGAGAAAUGAUGCCCGUGGAAUUCUUUGUGGGCUAACAGAGUUUACAACAAAGCAGCACAUAGUUCGGGCAUGCUUGGAAGCCGUAUGUUACCAAGUGAGAGAUAUAUUAGAAGCCGUGAGGAAGGAUAGAGGACUUAAUUUAAUAACUUUGAAAGCUAAUGGAACAAUGGCACAAAAUGAUCUACUCCUGCAGCUUCAGGCAGACAUAUGUGGAAUUCCUGUUGAUCGUUCAGCUAUACCUGAUGUUUCAACCCUGGGUAUAGCAUUGACAGCUGCCCAAGCUGAGGGUAUUGAUUUGUGGAAUGGUUCACCUAGUGCUCCGAAUUUCCACACUAAUCAUUGUUUUGAACCAUGUAUAAGUAAUGAAGAACGAAACCACAGGUACAACAAAUGGAAAAUGGCAGUUCAGAGAAGCUUUGGAUGGGCCACUACAAAGAAGUCCCUAGCUAUGACAGAUGAACGAUACAGACUCCUGGCUUCUCUACCUGGCACUCUGUUCCUCAUCACGAAUUUUAUUUUCCUAAUUUUAAGCAAAGAAUUUGCUAAGGAGCAGUCUUAA